AUGAAGACGCGGUUCACCCGACUUUCCACUUCGGCAGUUUCCGUCGCAAUUGGCAUGGCUCUGUACGAGAGAUUCCCCAUCGCUCAAGCCAUUCCCAUGACUGGCACGAGCCUCAAUGCACGGAAUGCUGUCUCACCUAACUUUGAGGACAUCUACCUCUCCAAGGUGACAGACAAGAUCUUCGGUCAAGAUGCCACCCACUAUGAUUACAUCGUGAUCGAGUCUGAGAAGGACCUCGCCAUUGCAGCUGCGCACCAAUAUGCGGCGGCAUGGACUUCUGGGGACGAUGAUCAGAUCUUAGUCGCCUUCGUCAAUGCCACCAUGGCCGGACACAUGAAGGAGGAGCAGGCAAGCGACAACAACUGGCUUUGCGGCGAACUCGACAGCGUCAUGCUUCCCCAUGUGAGCAAAUGUGCUGGUGUAGAGAAGCGUGACAUCGCCGUUGCUAUCGAGGCACGCUCCAAAUGGAGUUGGACCAGGUCCAAAGCACACGUCGCCACCAAUUUUGGAGUGCAGGUUCUCGCCGGAUACCUCGGUAAUUUUGCCUGGAAUACCUUUCCGGCGAGCCCAAGAAGCGUCUGCACCAGUGGCGCUUGCCUUUCAUGGGCAAAACCACUCAACGCCUUCUCUGGCUAUUUCGCUCAGCAACUGGUUCAAGAUGCCCUAUCCGCUGUCGAUUUCAACCAGUUCAGUGCUGAGGCCUAUGGCGGCGUAAGCGGUGUUGAUGUAUGUAUCAGCAAUCGCGCAUCAGGUUGCACUUAG